AUGCGUCUUCUCAGCUUGUUGUCCGUAGCGUCUAUUGCCCGGAGUCUCUGGGCACAGGGGAGCGACACUGGAUCAGGUCCCGCAGGAUACGACACUUCCCGCAUCGGCCCCUCGAACGCGAUAUGUACGCGCGAGACGUACUACCUGGAUAUCACCAGCGACAAUUACAAGUUUGAAAAUGUCAUGCUCAAUGCUAAUGAGACGUACCUCACCAAGCUACUGCAAGAGUUCGUCACGUCUUUCCCAUAUCAGUCGAAUUUUACGGACAUGUACGCGUACGGCACCGAGACUGUGGCCAACACUUACGCCCUCUCUGGCACCCUCUGCCUUCCCAAGGACGGUCCAGUCAACAUCACCAACAUUCAGCUGCUCAUCCAUGGCAUUGGCUUCGAUUCCAGCUACUGGGACUUUGCGCCCGACGGGGGUGACAGUUACUCGUAUGUAUACGCUGCGGCCGCUGCCGGUCUCGCGACCUUCCGCUACGACACCCUUGGCACGGGCCUCUCCGCGCAUCCUGCCGACGCGUACAAUGUCGUGCAGAAGCCGACGGACGUGGCGAUCGCGAUCAGGUUUGCGGAGAUGUUGCGUGCGGGACAAAUUGGCGCGCGUGCAUACACGAAGAUCGUCGCAGUGGGACAUAGCUAUGGCUCCAUCCAGGCGCAGGCGGUCACCGCGCUCGCACCGACUGCCCUUGAUGGCGUCGUGCUGACAGCGUACAGCGGAAAUGCGACGGCGCUGCCGCUAUGGUGGGCGUCGACCGCGUACUCAACUGCGUCGCUCAUAAUGCCUACGCGUUUCUCGCCGGAAGAGCUUACUAAUCCCUACCUCGUCACUCUUGCCCCGUGGACCUCGCAGCUAAAUUACCUUUACUUCCCCUACUAUGCGGAUAGUAUUGCAGCAUACGCACGCGCGACGGAGCAGCCGGUGACGCAGGGCGUGUUGUUCACGAUCGCGAACAACAUUACAGCUGCGCCAGCGUUCGCUGGCGACGUCCUCGUGAUAACGGGCGCGCAGGACUGGAUCUUCUGCUACGGAAACUGCUACGCGGUCCCCCCGGGCAGCGGGUACACGAACAUCCCCGCGGGUGUGGCAGCACUGUACCCCGCUGCGCGCGAGUUCGACACAUACAUCCCGCAAAAUUCUGGACACAACCUGUUCCUGCAAUACUCGGCACCUGAAACGUUCCAGCAGAUCAUACAGUUUGCGUCAGGUGUGUUUGCGUCGUGGUAG